AUGGCAGCCAAGAUAAAACGCCGUGAUUGUAAUAAUAUUGCUAUCAAGUUACGUGCACGAGAGAUUCAACAAUCGUACCUUGGAUUGAAUUGCCGUUAUAGCAGAACAACCAGCUUUUGGAUCAAGUAUCCCAACCGUUUGUGUCUUCCAUUAAGAUCCCUUUUUGGCGAUGAUAUCCACGCAGCUAGAAGUUCCGUAUUCCUAGGCUUUACCAAAGAUGGUCAGCGUUUACUUUCCUAUAGCUGCAAUAUUAGUACUAAUCAAUCAACUGGAUUUGCUCCAGUAUAUAAAUAUACCCUAUAUUGGUGGAAUUUUAAUUUGAACCAACCUUUAACCAAGUAUAAAAGUAUCCGAUUAUUCAGAGAUGAAGAAAUUCAACAACAAUUGAAGAUAAUACUUUGUGAAUCAAUAAAUGACAAGUACACUGUUAUCGUUGGCCAAGAAAUGUUAUCAUCAUCAAGUUCUUCCGAUGAUUGUUGCCGAUCUUAUAUAACAAUAGUUGCUACUCCCCCUUUACAUCCAUGUCGGUUGUGUAAUCGAAAUUUUGAUAGCAGUGUCAGAACUAUAAGUAAUUUAGACAGCUCGGACGAUGAUACUUAUAGACAUCAGAAUCUAAACUUAUUAUGUCUACACCACAAUUAUGAAAUACAUUUCUCUUAUAAUCUCUUAUCGCCCUAUCCUCCUUUUUUACCAUCCCUAAACAUGGUUAUAGACAAUUGUGUUAUAUUUAACAGCGGAGAUGGCGUUCGCUGCCUUAUUUUUGAAGUAUAUCCAAAAGCUAAGCUAUUGACCGCCUCAUCUCAUAAUUAUAAAAACUUCGGCAGGAGUUCUUCACCUGUUGGAUCGAACAGGAUAUAUGAUAACCUGGAUCAGCCAAAUAGUAAUUACGAUGUCAAAAUGAAUUUAACUAUGAAUGACCAUAAUAACCAGCAUAACAAGGGAGACAAAUCAAAUAUAGAAGAUGGUGCCACUGAAUAUGGCAAUAGUAACAAGUGUAUAAGUGAUGGUAUUCAAAAUAGCGAUAGUAAAACAGUUAACAAUCGAUUCCACAAACUGACGUUAUUAGAAAUUCCUAAUGCUGUUCGGCGCAUUCGGCAAGUGUAUUAUGCCAUGCCUGAUGAAAGCAAUUUAGAAAUAUCAGCUUCAAGCUCCUUUGACGUUGAGAAUUAUUUCGAUCUCAACAUCUACAAUACUAAACGUCAACGACUGUAUUUGCAACCACAAGAUUCAGAGUUACUGGAAAAAGAUGCUUUAAUAACUCAUCAACUGGCACUAGAUAUUGAAUGUUGUAUUGGAGCUAUCGCAGAAUUAUUACCUUACUUACAAGAAAAGGAGCUUUCUCUUGCAGAUUAUGAUCUGCAAAUUAUUGAUGUCUGCCCUUUUACUAUGAAAUUAACAAUUCUAAUUGUAGCAUUGUUUAAAGGGACACAACCACCUAAACGACACCAUCGAAAAAAUUGGCAAUCAUGCUGUCGUCUCGAUUGUGUUCUGUCUUGGUCCCUCAAAACUAACAAAAUUUGGCUAACCGGCGAUCCAAAAGUUUCACCAAUUGAAUUUCCUGCAUUACAUCAAUCACAAAAGUAG